CGGGCCUUCUCACAUGAGGAUAUCUGUGAAGUCAUCUACUGUCAGGUGGCCAGGAGAGAGCCAGGAUGGCAGACACUGUGCGAGUCCGAUCCAGCAUUCUGGGCAUUGUACUCCAAACAGUCAGGAUCUCUGUGCUGCUUUUCCAGAAUCGGAUUCAUCUUUACAAUUUCCUGCUGCUGAAGAUCUUCCUCUUCAACCACUGGGUGUCGGGGUUGGCCCAGGAAGCGGAGGGCCUGACCCCCCUCCCAGCUCACUCCUGCCUUUUCUGCCCCCUGGGCUCUGCAAUGAGGGCUCUGGUGACCCUGUGGUAUGUUCUGUUGUUCCGUCUGCCAAGACUGGUCCUCGUCCACAUGCUGAAUUCUCCCCUCAUCCUUUGCCAUCUCUGCCAAGCGGCCUGUGGCUACCUAGGCCUCUUCUUUGGCACCUGGAAGAAACUGCUCCAUUACUGGUUCCAGAGCUUGCUGCUUGGGGUCCUGCUGGUCCUCCUGGUCACUUGGAGGCUCUGCCAGACUGUCCAUCGCUUCGGUGUGAAGCAGCUGAAGCGGCUGGCGCUGCUGGAUAACCGGUUUUCCCUGGAGUUCCUGGGCCUCCUGCGCCAACUGUACUGGCACGUGGAGAGCACGGCGGCCCUCACCUCCUGGCACCUGGCCUAUGUGGUCACCUGGGCCACCUGCCUGGCUUCCCACAUGCUCCAGGCGGCCUUUGAGCACACGGCCCAGCUGGCUCAGACCCAAGAAGGGGAGAUGGACAUGAUGUGGGAGGACAGCACCAUGGGGUCCCUGCUUCCCGAGGAGCUCAAAGCCUUGGAUGAAUAAAGGGCGUUUGGACCUUU